AUGAAGCUCUCCACAUUCCAGACCGCCCUUGGCGCGGCCUCAUUAUUCUUCAGUGCCCAACCUGUCUCUGCCGGUCAUGGGGGUCAUCGCCAUCUUCAUGAACGUCCAACGAGGAGACACAGUCAUGUCGAGGAAACCAUUGAGCGUGUUGAGAUGCCUCAACUGCAAAAGAGGAAGACGCAAUGCUCAUUGCCCGACCAUCCUGACCUUGUGUUUGUUCCGGGAGGCAUGAACAAUGGUUUCGCCAUGAGCCCCGAUGAGCCAUGCGAAGACGGAAAGUGGUGCCCAUAUGCCUGUGUUCCUGGAAAGGUUAUGGCGCAAUGGGAACCAAACUCGACCUAUGUCUAUCCUCAGUCAAUGAACGGUGGUCUGUAUUGCAACAAAGGAACGCCUGAGAAGGCCUUCGAUGAUAAACCAUACUGUGUGGAUGGAACCGGUACUGUUCAGGUAGUUAACAAGGCUGGCAAGGUUGUGUCUUUUUGCCAAACUGUCUUGCCUGGUAACGAGGCCAUGAUUAUUCCCACAGAUAUCUCGGGCCAGUCCAAGAUCGCUGUGCCUGGACCCUCUUAUUGGGACUCAACCGCUGCGCAUUACUAUAUCAACGCGCCUGGCGUCUCUUCUGCCGAGGGCUGCAUUUGGGGCAGCCCGGCCAAGCCCAUCGGAAACUGGAGUCCCUAUGUUGCUGGAGCAAACACCGUUUCGGGUGGUGAGACGUACCUGAAGAUUGCGUGGAAUCCCAUUUACAUGGACUGCGACUGGAAGAAGACGAAGCCCGGCUUUGGUGUCAAGAUCGAGUGCCCCUCUGGGGGUUGCAAUGGCCUGCCGUGCUCCAUCGAUCCCUCCAAGCACGGCGUUGGAGGCUUGGAAAGCCCCGUUUCCACCAAGGGUGUUGGCGGUGCUCAGUUCUGCGUUGUCACCGUUCCCAAGGGAUCGACUGCCAACAUCGUGGUCUUCAACGUCGACGGUUCCAGCGAUGAAGAGCCCAAGACCUCAACCACCAAGAAGCCUGACCCUCCCAAGACCACAUCGACGACCAAGAAGCCUGAUCCUCCCAAGACCACCUCGACUAAGGAGACACCUACCACCACAUCAACUCCUCCUCCCACCACCUCUUCUUCUUCUUCUUUUUCUUCUUCUUCUUUUUAUUCUUCUUCGGUCCACACGUCGUCGGCUCCAGUAUCCUCAAAGGCGUCCAGCACAGUAGAGUCUUCCGUUGUUGAGUCCUCCGAGACACCGUCGGCCUCGAAGCCCGUACUCUGGGGUGGUAUCUUCAAAGAGAACGGCACCGAUUCAACUCCUACUAGCGAAGCCCCCGAGACAACGGAAGCACCCGAACUAACGGAAAUCGAAGAGUCCGCACCAGUCCCGACCACGUCGAAGAAGAACGAUGGCGCGGCUCACGAAGGUGGCGCUGCCAUUGCCGGCUUGGUUGUUGCCAUUGUCGCCGCUGCAACUCUCCUCUAG